AUGGACGGAUGGACGGACGGCUACGGGGAACAGACAGACGGACAGGUGGACACGGGGAACGGACGGACGGAGGGACGGACGCUGGGGGCAGACGGACGGACGGACAGACGGACACGGGAAUGGUCUGGUGGACAGACGGACGGGGGAAUGGACGGACGGACGGACGGAUGGACGGACACGGGAUUGGAUGGACGCGUGGACAGACGGACGCGGGGAACGGGCAGUGAGACCCCUCCCCAAACUGGGAGCCCAGAAUUUGGGGCGGGGUCUCACCCGGUGCCCCCAGGACCCCCCGGAGCGGUCAAUUCCUCGCUGGGCCUGGCGGUGGCGGCCGGAGAGGACGCGGCGCUGGUGUGCGGCCCCACCUCCCGCCAGGCCUGCGGGGUCAACGUCCACCUCAACGGCUUCUGCGUCCAGCUGGACAGCGCGCUCCGGCCGGUCCGGAGCCUGCCGGCCGCCUUCCCAGAGUGUCCGAAGCCCUCGAUGGACAUCGCCUUCCUGAUGGACGGCUCGGGCAGCAUCGCACCGCAGGAUUUCCACACCAUGAAAAAUUUCGUCGCCCAGGUGAUGUGGCGCUUCCGGGACGCCGACGUGCAG